AUGAGCGAUAGAGAUGGCACUGAUAAUAUAAAUCUGCCAAAUCGAUCACCGCAGUCCCCGGCUCUACCUGAUACCCCACACUCUCCACCAUCACCUUCACACUCAUCAAGAACUAAAAGUCCAGAAAAUCACGAAUCAAUAGAAGAACCAAAUGAAGCCAAAACAUCACAAAUUGGGUUACCUACCAACUUCACAUUGCAAACGGUAAGGAAACGUGUUCCAGGUAAACUCGUCGACAGGUUCUGGGCGCCCCUCGAUCCAGAAACAUUUAACUCUUUAGAAAGAAUCAUAAGUGUGUGUUCAAGUAAGGCGGUGGAGAGAUACCGUCGAGAUCAAAAGAAGACACAAUUCAACAAGAAGAUGGCUAGCGCUCAGGAAAUCGUGGCCAAUAGUUGGGCAGAUAGAAAUAAUAAGCUGUCGUUUCUUUCUCGACUAAAGGUGACAAAAGUACCGUUGCCCACAUCACAUUCUAAACGCAACAGCUCAGAAGACAUGAAUGUUUUGGCAUUUGAUAGUCUUAACCGCCGUAAAAAGUUCUUGGAGACGUACCUCCAGGCCGAACUAAAACAGGUUAAUCAAUUGGAAAAAUACCACAAAGAGUUGUCUACCGUAUAUCAGCAAGAUCUACAAUACUUACAAGAGUUCAAGAAAACGACCGAAAUCGAAAUUAAAUCAAUGACAGAAGAAGCAACAGAGCUCAGACGCAAUAUGGGACUAGAGAAUUCCAAGAAUACGCCAGAGGGCGAGUAUGUUGAGAAACCUGUGAAACCCUUCAAUCCAAAUGACGAUCCAGAAACAAGGCAACUCUUGACAGAAAUUCGUGAUAAAUUGGCUCCACUUCAAGAGAAAUGUAAAGAACUUGCCGAAGCCGAUGACGCUUUGGAUGUAUUGUAUAAUUUUCUCGAUAUAGAAGCGGAGGAAUGA